AUUGCGUGAGAGACUGGCGAGUUCACGGAAAUCGCAGCAUCGCUUUCGGUACAAGUUGAAUCACUUGGUGUCACCGCUUCUGCAAACGCGUAAAAUAAAUACGGGACAGCAAGAUGAAAAUGCGAAACAUGUAACUGCGUAUCACAAAAAUUCCCGGAAAAUUGAUCGCAGACGAUCCGAGGCGCUAUUAAAAUUUUUGGCUAAACUUAAAAUACGCAAAUUAUCGAAAAGUCAGGCACGGAUUAACGAAUGCAAAUCCGUGACUUCUAAUUAUAGCAUUAGUCAUGCUGGAGACACGAUGAAUCUGCCAUUGCAUCGCAACACAUACGAAAAUGCGAUCAAUAAAGAAUCAACCAACUUAAUAAUUGUUGCGAAAAAUAAAACGGAACCAAAAUUCCCGUUUAUAUCUUACAAUUAUGAGGCAGCUAUUAGUCAACCAGAUAUUCCUAUACGUUCAAAAGUUGAUAAUAACACAAGUUGGUCAGAGCCCAUUGACGAAUUGUCGGCGCCAACCACAACAAGAAAUCUGUAUGCUUGUGGAAAAGCAAAUGUAACUGUUAAAAGAAGAGGAAUUACUUUUAAAUCGAAGACACAAGUAAAGAAAUUUACAAAAAAUCGUCCACUAUUAUUGUCCUGCAAUAUUGAUAAGAUUAAAGAAAAGUCGAUACCUUCUUCGGAAAUUCAAGAUGUCAAAAAUUUUGAAAAGGAAAAUAACUAUGAUGUUACUCUAAAUCGCAGACUGUCGUUUAAUUCUCAUCAAGUUCGUUCUAACAAAAUUUUUUCUUUAGAUCUAUUAAAUUUGAAACUAAUCUGUAUAAUAUUUAAAAGGAUUUAAUACAAAAGACACCAAGAAUCGUAAAAAAUGAUAAAGAUCUUGUGAAUGAAGUUGUCAGUGUAUCUCAAGAAAAUCCCAGUAAAAUUAAAGAUACAAAA